AUGAACACCCACAAUGCCUCGGACGACCCUCUACCAGGAAUCCCCGCUACUAUCCCUACUACCAUACCAAGCUCGGAAUAUGGUCCCCCUCAGCCAAUAAAUCCCCUCUCGCUGCAUCUCCUGCCCCACCCGCAGCGGGGCAAUGGUGUCUUUACGGAUCGAGCCAUUCCGGCUGGAACACUGAUUGAAGAGAGCCCAGUGCUGCUUUUCAGCAAGGAGGAAUGGGAGGAGAAGGGGCUGGACGACACGGUACUGGGGAGCUACGGGUUCUGUUGGAGUGGAGGGGGCAUGGGUUUGGGCUUGGGACUCGCAUCCUUAUUCAACCACUCUCCCAAACCCAAUGUCAACUACAUACGAUCCCCCCAAUCUCGCACCAUCAAAUUCCUCGCAUCCCGCUCCAUCUCGCCUGGCGAAGAAUUGUGCAUCUGCUACGCCGCCGAUCAGUCCAAACUGUGGUUCGUUCCUGCCGACGAACGGGAAUCUGCUGCUCGUAAGGAAGAGAACGGGGAAGAUAGCGAGGAUGACGAAGAGAGGAUCAUGGCUGGUUCCCUCCAAGCCACAUCAGACUCUGAUCCCGUGUCUCCCCCGAUACAGGCUCCCCGACCUAUCCGAGCGCCUUCAUUCCCAUCUCUCACUUCUUCGCCCCCUGCCUCGCGACCGUCAUCCGCAAACAAUGCAGCGCAUGCUAUCCCCGCCAACGCUCUACCCGCUCCUCUGCAUAGCUCAGCCCACAAAGCUCUUUCUAGACGCGGUACGCCUACCUCCAAGCAGCGUGCAGGUCUUGUACCGGACCUGAAGUGGUCUGAUGACGAAUGGAAAGAUGCCAAGGGGAGAGAUAACAUGCCGGACGGCAAAGUAGAGGGGGUCGAUUAUGGAGAGACAAUAAGGAUCAAGGGACCUGCAGAGAGCGAGAAUGACGGAGAGGAUAAGGAUCUGAUACAGGUGUGGAUAUUAGAGUUUACUGAUCCCAAGUUGACCAAAACAGCUCUCAAUUUCUCAAAAGAGGUAUGGCCGAACGAUGUCAACGAGCGAUUGAGACAUCUCAAGCGGGUGUGUCGACGUAAAGAGAAUGAUCUAGAAAUAUGUCGAAUAGCCCUUUGCCCUAUAGAUGAGCACUCUUCCGAGUCCCUCUCCGCCCUCAUGGUCGCCUUCUCCCCCGACCUCGGCACUUUAUCCCCAAAGACCUGGUCUGUCCCAGCCACAGGUGCUCGCACCCAAGAACAGCUCAAAUACAAGCAUCACAUCUGGCCCGUCUCCUUCUCUCCCGCUCCGAUAGUGCCUUCAAGCUCCUCUGAAGCUGGCUGGUCCCUGACCAAGAAGGCCUGGGUAGCCAGUGGUGUGAAACGAGUGUUGGAACUGGCUUUGGAGGCCAAAAGGAAUGGCGAGGUCCCUGUUGCGACCUUUUGCAUCUCUCCUCCAGACGCCUUCUGGCCCAAGUCUGAUGGUGGCUUCAUCGCACCUACUCCCAACCUUCGUGCCUCCUCUCACGACACUCGAAAUUCGGAAAGCCACCCUCUGCGCCAUGCAGUCCUCAACUGUGUGGCCAACAUCGCUCACUUGCGCACCGUACCGCCUUUCGCCGAUACGACUCCGGCGAGAAACGGCGCCGACUACUUGUUGACGGGAAUGUGCUUGUUCUUGAGCCAUGAGCCUUGUGUGAUGUGUUCUAUGGCUCUUUUGCAUUCGAGAGUCAAAGAAGUCAUCUAUGUCUUUGGACAGAGGCGGGGAGGUGGAUUCGAGAUUGGCAGCGGUGACUCUGUUGGCUUUGCUGCGAACCAAGGCUCCGAAGAGGCCUCUCACGAGCUCUCGCCAGACGCAAAGGGAUUCGGUAUCCAUGCCAGGCGCGAUCUCAAUCACAGAUACGAGGUUUGGCGCUGGGACGGACACGUAGAUGAAGCUGUGCGGGCAGAGCUCGAGAUUCAUGAGGACCUGCAGCUCUAA